AUGGUUUACUUUUCACUAAGUGGUCCCGUUAUGACUCUUGCCACAGAUCAUGCAAUAUUCAUAUUAACUAUGCUUUUCAAUUUUAUAACAUACAUUCUUUUUCUGAUCCAACUUUCCUUUGGUGAUGAAUGUCCAUUAUUUAAGUAUUGUACAUGUUCGUCAGACAAAACUGUAAUAGAAUGUACAAAUCGUCAAUUAACUAAUGAACUAUUAUUAAAAUUCACUAAUGAAUUACCUAAAUCAACAAUUCUUUUAAAUCUUUCAUCAAAUUUCUUAACAUCAAUUAACUCUUUAUCAAAUUUAAAUUCACUUAAAAUACUUGAUUUAUCAUUUAAUAAAAUUCAAUAUUUAUCAUCAAAUAUUUUUUCUCAAUUUCCUCAAUUAACUUCGUUAAAUAUUCAAAAUAAUUCAUUAAAAACAAUUCCAAGAAGUUUUAAGAACAUUUCAAAUAUAUAUCUUAAUCUAUCAAAUAAUCGAUUUCAUUGUACAUGUCAAUUUAAAUUGUUUAAAAAGACUAAUUUUUCUAAAAAUAUUAUCUGUCAAAAUAAUAAACAAUUCAAUGAAAAUGAUUUUUGUCAUAUGAAAAAUUUUCUUCAAAUUAAUCCACAACGAUCACAAAUCGUUUAUGAAAAUGAACAAUUUAUAUUAAAUUGUUCAUCAAAUUUACAACGUUAUUGGACAUUGAAUAAAAAAUUUUAUCCAUCUACUACUACAAAAUUUUCAUAUUCAACAAUAAUUAUUCUUCAUUUACAAAUGAAUCAUUCAGGAUUGUGGACAUGUCAUAGUUUUUAUUUUAAUCAUUCAAUAUGGUUAACUGUUUUAAAAAGUUCAUCGCAUUAUUUUUGUCAAACAGUACAAAUGAAUACAUCAAAAGGUUAUUUUUAUUGGCCACGUACAUCAAUUAAUAAAAAGAUUGCAAAAUAUUGCCCUUUUGGAUCAGCAGCAUGGUUAAGAAAUUCAAAUGAAUAUGCUCGAGCAUGGUACACAUGUUCAUCUAAAGGUCAAUGGAUUAAUUUUGAUGUAUCACAAUGUGCAUUUCAAACAAAUAUAUCACGAGUAUUUGAUUAUUUAUCAUUAAAUGAAACAAAUUUAUUAUCAAGUUUAGUUAAAUAUCUAUCAGAAAUAAAUCAAAAUUAUUUACAAUUAAAUGAUAUUAUUUUAUUAAUUGAUUUAAUUGAUGAACAAAAAGAUAAAUAUCAAUAUCAAGACAGAAUCAUUUUUAUUUAUCAUUUAACAGAUUUUAUUUUACAAACUAAAAAUGAUUUUAUUUUUUCAACGGAAUAUCAAAUUGCAAUAAAACGAUUAAGAUUGAUAAUAGAACAUUUAUUGGAUUUUACUAAUCAAUCUUGGUUAUAUGUUGGAAAAGAAUUAACUGCUAUGACAGUACAAUCAUCAUUAUCAUCAACAUUAUGUUUUAUACCUAAUCGAUCAUUGCUAACAAUUAUUUGUGACAUUGAUAAUCAAUUCCAUAAGUCUCCAUUAGCAAUAAUUCAAUUUCCAUCUCAUUUGAAUGGAACAAAUCAAUAUUCAUUGUAUCGUAUUAUUAUUUAUCGUCAAUCGACAUUAUUCACAUCAAAUGUGAUAGCAAAUAAUAAUAAUCCAGUUAUUCAUAUACGACCAGGUAAGAAUGUCAAACUUUUCUGUUCGAGUAAGACCAUACAAUAA